CACUUAUCUAACCUUUGUUUCUCAGUCGAGCUACGGUCUGAGUCGAUUGUUGUUUCGUUCUGUUUGAAGGAUUGAUCGAUGUUGUCGUAAGAACUAAGAUAUGAAACACUUCUAUAUAUUUUGGUUGAAUUCAUUUGGUAAGCACGUUCAUAGUUCAUUUUAAAAGUAGAGCUUCACAUUAUUUUAUUAUUAUUUUCUUUAAAACCUUGCUUAUUGACUUGCUGCCAAGCGCAAUAUUUUACCUAUCUUUUCGUGCGCAAUAUUGUCCCCAUCUUUUCGCCAAGCUACUCUUAUUGAACUUACUUAAGCAAAAACAACAUGCACCUUGUCUGGGUUUUGACCCUAACGGAACCAGGGACAAAACACGCAAAUGACGCCAGGGUGCUAUCUCUCCAAAUUAGCUGCAGCGUUCAUGCAGAAAGUCGUUGAAUUAUUUGGAAAGGAUAAAUGCAGGCUUCAAUUGCUUUACAAAGAUUGAAAUUAAACAUUAUCAAGAAAUGUGUGAUACUAUUACUUUAUAGUUUAUAUUAUAGACUCCCUAAUUUAUGUUAGGAAAUAUUUCUUUUCAAAAUGAUAGUUUUAUGUUUGUAAAAUAAACUCUGACUUAAAAAGUAGUCUACGAUUAAUACAUAGACCUACGCUCUUUAGGUCUCUUUUAUAGUUUUAUAUCAUGAACAUCAAUGUCCAAAGUUUGUUGACCCCUCAGCCCGCAUCCCGGAAUUUCCUGCGAGCGCCAUGUGUAGACAGUUCAUAAGCUUGCUGGCAGACAGCAGCAAGGAAGACAGUUAAGUUCAUCAACUUGUUGGCAGACAACAGCCAGGAAGGCGGUUUACAAUUAUGUCAACGGACAACGGCUAGGCAGUCAGUUCAUCAACUUGAAGGCAAUGGCUAGGAAGAAAGGUCAUUAGUUUUUUUCUGCAGACAGUAGCUAGGAAGACAGUUCAUCCGUGUGUUUGAAGACACUCCCGCCCUUAAGUAAAUGUAAUUUAUGCCAUGAUUAAUUUUUCAUUAAUCUUUGGUGGUCAAAGUGUUGUGGACAAGACUACGGCCGAAGAAGGGCAGACGUUCACCAUUACAUGUGAACACCUCCUUGUCAACGGGACCGUUCCGAAUUGCAUGUUUGCUUUCUCAGACGUGUACAAAUGGACCGGUCCUCAAAGCGUCAGAAAAUUCAUUUCGCUUCCCGACAAGCUAGUUAUAGACGUAAGAUCAUAUUGUAAAUUACUUGCAAACAGUCUGAUUUCAAAUUACUGCACGCCCAGCUUCUCACGUAAUGAUCAAGUAAAAAUAAUAAGUGUCGGAACAACCAUUUUUAAAAACGUAAAACAAAUUAUACCUCAUAUAUCACCCCCUAUUUUAUAGUGUAAAAUCUCAUCAACCAUAUAACAAAACAUUAAACGUACUUCACAGUGUAAUAGAUAGCACAUACAUUUCACUGUGUAAUGCAUCAUACACAUAACUAUUCAUCGGAGUAAAAAAUCAAUUUUUGACAUGAAAUUCCUGAAGGUUGGACAAAAGAUUGCAAGAACCCAAGGCAAAGUUUAGGCGUCACCCAGUUUCAGUGCAAGCUAGUCGUGAGAGAAGCAAAGGUUUCCGACAGUGGCCAGUAUGGAUGUGCAAUAGGCCUUCUUUGCACGCAAGGUCAUGGCACUAAUUUUUAUGGCCUCUCCGAUGUUGUUGUCACGAAACAAGUGUAAUAUGUACUGUUUUGAGUGUCGUUUGUUCCUAUAAGUCUCGAUGUUUCUUAUGUUACUAUAAGUCUCAAUGUUUCUUAUGUUCCUAUAAGUCUCUAUGUUUCUUAUGUUCAUAUAAGUCGUUUCGUAUGUUCUUAUAAGUCUCUAUGAUUCAUAUUUUCCUAUAAGUCAUUAAUAGUGAGGUCCUAAUGCGUGCGAAUACCCAAAGCAUGUUCACAAUCCUUAGUGAAAGACGCCUGAGAUGGCUAGGUCAUGUUAAAAGAAUGAAUCCCGGCCGCAUUCCGAAAGACCUCCUAUAUGGUGAACUUGCUUCGGGAAAGAGGAAAAUAGGUCGCCCACGUCUGAGAUUUAAAGAUGUAUGUCAAAGGGACAUGAAAGCAGCCAAAAUACAUACCAGUGACUGGGAGUAAAAGGCAGAAGACCGAUCUACGUGGCGCACAGUUGUCAAGGAGGGCGUCAUGGUAGCCGAGGAGCGAAGAAUGGUAGAGGCUGCAGACUGAAGGGCUAGGAGAAAGGCCAAAACAUUUAGUAGCACGGCACUCAUGUGUAUAAGUUGUGGUAGAGACUGUAACUCGAGGAUAGGACUGCACAGCCACUCGAGAAAAUGCAACCCAACCCAACGGUGAUGCACCAUCGUCUCACGAGACGGAAGGAUGCCGAUGAUUAUGAUUCUUAUGUUCAUAAAAGUCAGUAUAUUUCUUAUGUACCUAUUCGAUGUUUCCAUGCGUAUCAUAAACAUUUCAUACAUUUUAAAUUGAUAUCAUAGUAGAACAUGCAUGUUCUUCAUGUAAGAUUCUAUCAUAAGAUUAAAUACAACAAUGCUAAGUUUAACAGAUACGAUCAUAGCACUACAUGCAACAAUACCAAUCAUGGCAGAUACUAUGACAGUACCACAUACAAAAGUAACAAUCGUGACAAAUACUUUAGAGGCAUUUGUUAUGUAUGACACUUUUUUCCCGUGCGUGAACUUUGCUUGAACCCUAGCACACGCUACGUCCAUAGAUGGGCGUAGCCUAUUCCUUUGAUGUAUCUUGUUUCUACCGCCUUUCCAAUUAAACAGGGUCUCCUAGUAUUUUGUAGAAUGUUUGCGAUUGUUCUAGAAAUGUAAACAAAUGCUGAGUAGCUUCUGGAAGGUAGGGCUUACGCGUCGGUAGACCCACAUGUAUAUAAGGGAUUGACAGAUACGGAGAGACGGAGAUUCAGAUAAAUAUUUUUAACUUUACGAGGCAUGUAUUAUUCUUUGUGAAUUUGUGUGCUCAUAUGUGUUUAUUUCGCAUUCAUCAUUAUUCAUUGGCACAUUGUAUUAAUUGUGUACGGUAAAAGAUCUACCAGAUUUUCAGAUGCUCUGUACGUUGAUGAUUCGUAAUUAUAUUUAUUUUGUUUUGUAAUAGUAUUAUUACAAAAUUAAAUCUUAUUAAUUGUAAUUGGUACUGUUUUGGGGGUCGUAAUUUUGCUAUUGCAUUUCUCUAUGAUAUCGUCCUUUGUCAGGCACUGUUUGAACGAGCCAUACAAUUAAAAAUAGGAGAUUAAUUUCUUACCAGAGAAGCCAGGGCGUAACAGCAUUGCAUACAAAACAACGAUAAUGGGAGGUAAUUUAAUGGCACCACAUACAAAAAUAAUCAUCAUGUUAGGUAAUAUGUUAGCAAUAUACAGAAAAAUUCGAAACGUGGCAUAUAUUGUUUUAUUGCACUUUAUGGAUGCCAGUCAUGACCAAUUCUCUCACGCUUCUACAUACAAAAAUACUAGUAGUACAUAUACUGUCACAUAACACUCAAAACAACAAGAGCAACAAUGACAGAGUCUAUCACAGCUCUACAAACAACGACACGAAUCAUGAAAUAUAUUAUCAUUGCAAUGAAAAUACAAGAAUAAUUAUGACUACUCUAUCAUUGCACCACAUUCAACAAUACUAAUAAUGACAUAUAUUAUAUUAUAGUACCACAUACAACAAUUGUAAUCAUGAUAACAUUUUAUCACAGCACUGCAUACUGUUGUACUACUUACAACAGUACUAAUCAUGACAUAUAUUAUAUCAUAGCACUACUUUGAGACAUCCCGCAUAUUCUAUAAACAAAACCACAUUGAAAUAUAGGCUUAAGUCAAAAAUAACUUCCGCACCUAUUGGAACAGUCAAUACAAAGGUGCGGAAAUGUAUCUAACAUUUUGUCUUUCUCCAGAGCCACUGUCUGUGUCGAAAGAUGUUUCAUUCUGUUUGAAGAAUGGGAGUCGCUUAGUCACUUCCUUGUUUGGUCACGUGAUGUGAGUAAGCCAUCACUAGGCUGCUACACACAACAAAAGAUACUUCAUCAGUGCUUCCCCAAUGUCAUGUUAAUUAAAAAUGUUACCUUUCGUAAUAUUAUGGAAUGCAAGCGUUUUUUAAAUGAAAUACAUAAAUGUGACAAUAAAUAUACGUCAGUUAUAAUUAAAGGAAGAAAGUUAUUUCAAGAAAAAUUUGUGAGCGAUAUUCGAUGGGAACUAUCAAUACUAUUAUCGGCAGGAUGUUGUUGAGCUCCGUGCGUCCUCAUGACGUCAUUUGCGUUUUUAUUCAAUAUUGAUGCAGGAGUCAUUCCCCUUUGUUUAUUUUAUUGUUAAUUUUCAUUGGACGAAAUGUAGUGUAGUCGUAGUGUGUAGCGGGCUACUGUUGUCAAGCACCUUGUGUUGUAUACAGUAUACCGGAAAUCUUACUCGUUUUUACUCACAUCACGUGACAAAAUAAUUGACUAAGCGACUCCCAUUGAUCGAUUUUGUCUUAAGAGCUAAGUUUAUGAAACACUUCUAUACAUUUUGGUUGAAUGUAUUUGGUAAACAUGCCCAUACUUUAUGUUGUAAAACGAAAGCUAUAUAUUAGUUUAUUAUUGUUUUAUUUAGAUCUUUGCUUCUGCCCGAAGUUUGGAUUGGGGAAGAACUUAAAGGAAAUAUCUUAUUAGAAGGAUUGGCUUCAUCAGUCAAUUCUAAGUCAAUACUUUCUGUAUUUAUCAGUCGAAUGUUCAACAGAUUGUCAGCAGACAUUAACUAGAAGACUAUCUGGACUAUCUUCAGACAGUGGCUAGGAAGAUAAUUCAUCGGUCUAUAUGCAGACUGUGGCUAUCUUAACUGAUAACUUAGAAGAGGUAAUCUACCACUUCAGCGUUGGCCAAGAAAAAAUCCAGUUAUUCUGAUUGGAAGGGCUAUUUAAACAACUAUUCUUAAAUUGGAGUCUGUAAAUAUUUUUGCUUCUGUAUAGAGGCUAUAAAGUUAUAUAGCACAAUACUAAUACAUUUAAAUACUUAUUACUGCCAAGCUACCGAUAUGCCAGGAAGAAAAAGAGAACACAAUUAUUAUUUUGUUUGAUCCAGAUAACGCGGAUGUCCACACACAGAAUGUUGAAAACGUGAAUGCUCACAAAGCGUAAACGGAACAGACAGUUUGGCACAAGAUGCUCCGGUGAUCUUUCCCCUUCAUAUUGACCUGGAUUCAUGCACCACAACCGUUUUCGUGGAAAUUAUGUUUUUUAAACUUCAUUGUCAACUUGGGGGAGAACUAUGCAUAAUUCCAUGUUCACACAUUAUCUACUAUUUCAAAAAAAAAAUUGUAAUAGUUUUUCUAAUUAAAAAAAAUUAAAAAUGGUCUAUUAUUAUGGGAAUGAAUAAGUACAACCAAUGUCAUUAAAAAUUAUAUAAGAAUAGUUGUUUAAAUAGCCCUUCAAACAGGAACAGCAGGGUUUUUUCUUGGCCGACGCUCAAUAGGUAGAUUACCUUAGAAGAUUACUUUUAAGAAAUAAACCAAAAAAUAAAGCAUAAUACGAUUGAAGUGCCCCUUGACCUACCUUAUCCCUAUCCCUAUCCCUAUCCCUAUCCUAACCCCAGGAAAUUCUAACUCAUGCCAUUAUCAAUUUUUCCCUAGUCUUUGCUGGUCAAAGCGUUGUGGACAAGACUACUGUCGAAGAGGGGCAGACGUUCACCAUCACAUGCGAUCACCUCCAUGUCAACGGGACUAUUCCAAGUUGCAGAUUUUCUAUGUUAGACGUCUAUGAGUUAACUGUUGAUGGAAUCACACAAAACAUCAUUUCACUCUCCGAUGGUGAAAUUAGUAAUGUAAGUUCGUAUUUCAAAUUCAUCGUAAUCGGCCUGAUAAAAAAUGACUGCACGUGAUGCUUCUCAUUCAAUGAUCACAUAAAAAUAAUAGGUGUCGGAAGAAAUUCGUUCCUAACGAAAAACAAAUUAUGGUUUUAUAUACCAGCCGUAUCUUAUAGUGUACCAACACCCAUCAAAUAAAGCAUCAGACAUAUUUCACAGUGUAAGAGAUACACCACCUAACAAAACAUAACACCCAUCAAAUAAAGCAUCAGACAUAUUUCACAGUGUAAGAGAUACACCACCUAACAAAACAUAACACCCAUCAAAUAAAGCAUCAGACAUAUUUCACAGUGUAAGAGAUACAACACCUAACAAAACAUAACACCCAUCAAAUAAAGCAUCAGACAUAUUUCACAGUGUAAGAGAUACAACACCUAACAAAACAUAACACCCAUCAAAUAAAGCAUCAGACAUAUUUCACAGUGUAAGAGAUACAACACCUAACAAAACAUAACACCCAUCAAAUAAAGCAUCAGACAUAUUUCACAGUGUAAGAGAUACAACACCUAACAAAACAUAACACCCAUCAAAUAAAGCAUCAGACAUAUUUCACAGUGUAAGAGAUACAACACCUAACAAAACAUAACACCCAUCAAAUAAAGCAUCAGACAUAUUUCACAGUGUAAGAGAUACACCACCUAACAAAACAUAACACCCAUCAAAUAAAGCAUCAGACAUAUUUCACAGUGUAAGAGAUACACCACCUAACAAAACAUAAACACCCAUAUCAAUGUGUAAUACAUCACACACAUUUCACACUGCAAAACAUCACACACAUUUCCCUGUGCAAAACACCAAAUCACAAUUCACUGUGCAAAACAUCACACACAUUUCACUGUGCAAAAAUUCACACACAUUUCACUGUGCGAUUCAACACUCAUAUUUCACUGUGCAAUACAUCACUCACAUUUCAAUGUGCAAUAAAUCACAUACAUUUCAUGGGAUUUUCAAUCAAGCGCAUUUCACUGUGCAAUAAUUCACACAUGUUUCACUGUGCAAUACAUCACUCAUAUUUCACUGUGCAAUACAACACUCACAUUUCACUGUGCAAUAAUUCACACACAAUUCACUGUUCAAGAUAACACUCACAUUUAACGGUACAAUGUAUCACCCAGAUUUCACAGUGAAAUGCAUCACACACAUUUCACUGUGUCAUACAUCACACAUAUUUCACUGUGCAGUACAACACUAACAUUUCACUGUGCAAAACAUCACUCACAUUUAACUGUGCAAUACAUCACUCAAAUUUCAAUGUGCUAUACAUUACCUUUAAAUUUCACUGUGCAUAACAUCAUAACAUCUCGAACAUUUUACUGUGCAAUAAUUCACACACAUUUUACCGUGCAAUACACUUAUAACAUUUCACUGUGCAAAAUAUUACACACAAUUCACUAUGCAAUACAUAAUACACACUUCACCAUUCAAUAAUUCACACACAUUUCACUGCGCAAUUCAUCAAUCACAUUUCACUGUGCAAUACAUCACACACAUUUCAUUGUGCAAUUAUGUACACACAUUUCAUUGUAUAAUACAUCAUUCAAUGUUGACUGUGGAAUGAAACCCACAAAUUUCACUGUGCACUUCAUCACACACAUAUUACUGUGCAAUACAUCACUCGCAUUUCACUCUGUAAUACACCACUCACAUUUAACUGUGCAAUGUAUCACUCACAUUUAACUGUUUAAUACAUUCAUACAUUUUUGACCCUUUAUUAAAUCACGCCCAUUUCAAUUUGUAAUACACCACACACAUUUGACUGCGUAAUACAUCACACACAUUUCACUUUGUAAUACACCACACCCAUUUGACUGCGUAAUAUAUCACACACAUUUCACUUUGUAAUACACCACCCACAUUUGACUGCGUAAUACAUCACACACAUUUCACUUUGUAAUACACCACAAACAUUUGACUGCGCAAUACAUCACACACAUUUCACUUUUUAAUACACCACACACAUUUCACUGUGUAAUGCAUCACACACAUUUCACUUUGUAAUACUACACACACAUUUCACUUUGUAAUACAUUACACAAACCUUCAAUUUGUUAUUCAUCAAACACAUUUCAAUGUGCAAUACAUCACACGCAUUUCAUUGUGUAAUACAUCACUCAUAUUUCGCUGUGCAAUACAUCACACACAUCGCAAUUUGUAAUACAUCACACACAUUUCACUGUGCAAUAGCUCACACAGAUUUCUCUUUGCAAUACAUCACACAUAUGUCACUUUAAAAUGCCUCAAACGCACUUCACUGUGUAAUACAUCACUCACGUUUCAUUUUGUAAUACAUCACACACAUAACAAAACAUCAGUGUACCAGGUAAUAUUAAAAUAUUAAUUUUGUUUAGGUCCACAUUCCUAGUCAUUGGACGAAAGAUUGCAAAAACCCCAAGCAUGACUACGAUUCCACACAUUAUCAGUGCAAACUAAUUGUAAACGACGCCAAGGUUUCUGACAGCGGUCAGUAUGGAUGUGAAAUUUCAGUUUAUUGCAUGGAAGGUGAUACCAUUACCUUGGCAGGCGUCUCCAAAAUUGCUGUCACAAAAGGUAAAGUAUGAAAAGACUGUAUUUUCUAAGUCACUUCAGUUAGUAUUGAUUGCAUUUUGUGUCACUGUUUGUGUGACGCGUUUGUGACAUCUUUGUUUUGAGACUGUAGUUUAGCAUGGUGACAUCUUUGUUCUGAGACUGUAGUUUAGCAUGGUGACAUCUUUGUUCUGAGACUGUAGUUUAGCAUGGGGACAUCUUUGUUUUGAGACAGUAGUUUAGCAUGGCGAAAUCAUUGUUUUGAGACUGUAUUUUAGCAUGGCGACAUCUUUGUUUUGAGACUGUAGUUUAGCAUGGGGACAUCUUUGUUUUGAGACUGUAGUUUAGCAUGAGGACAUCUUUGUUUUGAGACUGCAGUUUAGCAUGGGGACAUCUUUGUUUUGAAACUGUAGUUUAGCAUGGGGACAUCUUUGUUUUGAGACUGUAGUUUAGCAUGGGGACAUCUUUGUUUUGAGACUUUAGUUUAGCAUGGGGACAUCUUUGUUUUGAGACUGUAGUUUAGCAUGGGGACAUCUUUGUUUUGAGACGGUAGUUUAGCAUGGGGACAUCUUUGUUCUGAGACUGUAGUUUAGCAUGGCGACAUCUUUGUUCUGAGACUGUAGUUUAGCACGGGGACAUCUUUGUUUUCAGACUGUAGUUUAGCAUGUCGACAUCUUUGUUCAGAGACUUAGUUUAACAUGGUGACAUUUUCGUUUUGAGACUGUAGUUAAGCAUGGUGACAUCUUUGUUCUGAGACUUAGUUUAACAUGGUGACAUUUUCGUUUUGAGACUGUAGUUAAGCAUGGUGACAUCUUUGUUCUGAGACUUAGUAUAGCAUGGCGACAUCUUUGUUCUGAGACUGUAGUUUAGCAUGGGGACAUCUUUGUUCAGAGACUUAGUUUAGCAUGGCGACAUCUUUGUUCUGAGACUGCAGUUUAGCAUGGCGACAUCUUUGUUUUGAGACUUAGUUAAGCAUGGGGACAUCAUUGUUCUGGGACGUAGUUUAGCAUGGCGACAUCUUUGUUCUGAGACUGCAGUUUAGCAUGGGGACAUCUUUGUUUUGAGACUGUAGUUUAACAUGGGGGACAUCUUUGUUCUGAGACUUAGUAUAGCAUCGCGACAUCUUUGUUCUGAGACUGUAGUUUAGCAUGGGGACAUCUUUGUUUUGAGACUGUAGUUUAGCAUGGGGACAUCUUUGUUCUGAGACUGUAGUAUAGCAUGGGGACAUCUUUGUUCUGAGACUGUAGUUUAACAUGGGGACAUCUUUGUUCUGAGACUUAGUAUAGCAUCGCGACAUCUUUGUUCUGAGACUGUAGUUUAGCAUGGGGACAUCUUUGUUUUGAGACUGUAGUUUAGCAUGGCGACAUCUUUGUUCUGAUACUGUAGUUUAGCAUGGGGACAUCUUUGUUCUGAGACUUUGUUUAGCAUGGUGACAUCUUUGUUCUGAGACUUAGUUUAGCAUGGGGUCAUCUUUGUUCUGAGACUGUAGUAUAGCAUGGUGACAUCUUUGUUCUGAGACUUAGUUUAGCAGGGCAACAUCUUUGUUCUGAGACUUAGUUUAGCAUGGCGACAUCUUUGUUCUGAGACUUAGUUUAGCAUGUUGACAUCUUUGUUCUGAGACUGUAGUUUAGCAUGGGGACAUCAUUGUUCUGGAACGUAGUUUAGCAUUUCAAAAUGCUAAUAAAAUGAGGGCCUUCCACAAUGGUAGUUCAUUGGAAUAUUUGCCCUAAACACAUGUUGUGAAGUGUUACUGUUCUUCUUCUUCUUCUAUAUCUUAAGGGCCCGCGAUCAAUUUAUUGAUCAUUUUGGCUCCUAUAAUUUUCAAUCCAUCAAGUUGAUCUGCAGCUCAUGUAGGGCUUUGGCCUUCCUCACUACUUCUUUCAACUUAUACCUAAUUAAUACUUUUACUGUCCAUGUUUGGAUUCCUAGUUGUUAUAGAUCUUUUCCCCAUUUCAUCCAUCCAUUUAAUCUUCGGUCUGCUUUGAGCCGUUUCCCUUUGGGCUUUGGUGAUGUGCCCUUUUUACUCAUCUUUCUCUCAAAGUGCCCUAACCAGCGUAGCCUGCACUUUUUUUAUGUUUUGCUACUACCGUGGGAUCCUGAUACAGACUGUACAAUUCACGUUUGGUGAAAGGUCGUCUAGGGGUAGGUCCCGCUCCCAAAGGCCAGAGAAAGAAACAACACUAUCAGAUAAGAUCCUAAGCUACGUUUUCUUUCAUGCUUCAAAAUAACUUAACGAGAUGGUUUGAAAAAAAAAGGUAUCCUUUAAUUAUUUAUAUGUUGUGUUAAGACACAACGUGCACUAAACCAAAUAUUAACUAUAGUGAAAAAUGGAAAUUUCUUCAUCCAGCUUAACAAACCGCUCACUCAUUACUUUUAAACUAAUGCAUCCUGACGUCCAUAGCAAUUCUUCGCUCAUCACAAAAAUAUCACAGCCCCCGGAAAUGCUUCAUAGUGCAUUCAUGACGUAGUUAAUGUGUUGGAAUAUAUGGGGAAGUUUCAAAUGAAAAACAUCAUUGUUCACUGUUAAAAUCAUCAACCCCAACCCAGACACAUAACAUAAAUAUGCAAUAUGACCGUGACACGUCCCCCCUCACGAGUAACGUUAGGUGAAACCUAAUGUUUCGAGUUUAAGACGAAACAACGGUCAGUUCGUGUGUAUGUUAUGGUCAACCUAAUAUUCCGAUUAGAGAUUUAAAAAUAUCUAUAUUAAUGGGAAAAAAUAGCGUGAAAUGUCUCAAGUAAAACACCAUAUCUUCAUUCGUAAAUUUCAUUCAACUGUGGCGGGUGGUUAGAAUCGAUAUGACUGCCUCUGCGAGCCCCAACUGUGGCGGAUGGUUAGAAUCGAUAUGACUGCCUCUGCGAGCCCCAACUGUGGCGGAUGGUUAGAAUCGAUAUGACUGCCUCUGCGAGCCCCAACUGUGGCGGAUGGCUAGAAUCGAUAUGACUGCCUCUGCGAGCCCCAACUGUGGCGGAUGGUUAGAAUCGAUAUGACUGCCUCUGCGAGCCCCAACUGUGGUAGAUGGCUAGAAUUGUGUAAAAUAAUAUAUUUUUUAACACUAUAAAUUGGUAAAAAUUCAUUUUUAAAGUUUUUAUUUUUUGCCGAUUCGUAUACUUACGAAAGUUAGCGAACACUUCAAUCGGCGUGGAAUAAUGACUGUGUGUUUCUGACCUAAACAUAGGGCCAUCUCACUUUCGGCGCAUCCAUCUUGAACUUUUAAUAAAGCACUCAUUUGGAUUGGUUAGAUUUGUGAACAAUGUAUGUGUGAUGGGUUAUACUUUAGGAAUCUCCGUUAGACUGAGCAGUCUGUGCUCAGUGUGCUCUGUAAAUAUUACAUUUUUCAAUUGGGUCACCCCUAAAAUGGUGUCCCCCGGUGCGGCCCGCAACCCCUGCACCCUGUCGCGACGCCACUGUCCACAGUAAUUGAAAAAAAAAGAUCUGAUAGCUUAAGUCUUUUUAGUUCAUCAGUAGAAUUGCUGGCGGUGGAAAACUUUGUUGACAAUGCUCAGAUUUCUACAGCAGCGUUAUAAAGGCUUAUAACUAGGGCAUGAUGUUUAAACAGCAAUAUUUACUUAAAGUAAAGCUGUAGUUUUUUUUUUAUUUGUUAAAAGGAUUUAUCUCUACUUACAUUAUUUUGUAAUUUAAUAAUGAAAUACUUUUUUUUUUUUUUUUAAAUAUUUCCACAUGCUAUAGCAAAAACGUAUUUUAUUAUAAAAAGAAUUAUCUGUGUUAUCAUGUUUACUUUUCUAACAACAUUCAAAGUUAUAAGAAAUAUUUUUCUGAUAUUUAUUUAGGCAUUUUUAUAUAGCGCUUACCUUAAAGCUCUAAGCGCUUUACAAUUAUUAAAAACAUGUAAACUAUAUGACUAUCCUAACCCUUUUCUCCCCCUUAAAUCAAUAUUGUCACUAGAGUAGUUCAUUGACGGCUGAUUUAUAUGCUGGAGAAAUACUUUAGAGGCCAUGUGUUUUUAAAUUGUUAAAUAUUUGGCCGACCCUAACAUUUUUCGUGCCCAUAAAACUAUUUGUUUUUCCUCUAAAAAUUGUGAAACUCAAUCAUAAAUGUACAACAAAAUCUCUAUUUACCAUUUUAAGUAAAUUUUAUUUAAUGAAAUUUGAUAUACUGAUUACUUCAUUUAUAAUUUAACCAAACUUUUGCCUUUGUUUUCUACUUUAUUGUGGAGAGUUCGGACCUCGACCGGUUCGUACUUCGACCGACUGAUCAAGGGCCAGCUGCGUCAGAUCUCACACCAGGGUUACCGCUGGGACGACUGGUUCGGACUUGGAGGCGCCGACUGAUCUUGCAGCAGGGUACCGGCCAUCUGCCCAGGGUAUUUCCCUGGGACGACUGGUUGUUAACCAGGAGGCGACAGGGGUGGGGGUAGUGACCGACUGAUCAAAGGGGCGGGCGCGUACGAUUACAGACCUGGGAAAAAAAAAACUCUAUGGACCAGGGACUUAUAAAUAGGGACCUCUGGACGGGACUGGACAGAACGCGGCCGGACAGAGAAGCGGACAGUCAGGGAGAGCUCCGACGGUAGGAGAGGAGGGCAGUCAGAGUUGCGAGACGAGAGAAGGUAUAAGCGAAGUGUCAGCCUAAUAAAGAACAAGACUAUAAUCAUCAGAUGUUAUCGCAUGAGUUGCUUCCUUAGUGAAUGCCAGAUAUAGAUUGAAGGUUAGCAGAGAGCAAGCAAGGUUUCCUUACAAUAUUAUUAUUAUCGGAAAAUAACUCUUUUAUCUGAAGAAAUUUUCUUAAACUUUUUUUCACGCCUAUGACGGCACUGAGUGUCGUUAUUAAUCUCAUUACAAUAUAAACCAAUUUUACUUCUCGCAAAGUAAUUUUUUUUAAAAUAUGUUCUUUUUUUUUUUUUUAAAAGGAUAUUUUAAUCCCUCUCCAUUUUUCAAAAUUAGAUUUCACGUAUGUAAAAAAUUAUUGGGCUUUGGUAUUCAUGGCCAUACUUAUUUAUGUAAAAUGUACCCCACCCUUUGUUAACGCCAUUGAUUUUUCUAAAUUGGUAGACAUGGGUUUAUUUGUAAAAGACAAUGUAGCAUCUCUUUUUUAUAUAAAUGUAAUGUCGUGGGUUUAAAGAUAGUUCAUCCACGUGACAUUUUACACACCCUAUUUCCUACCACCGAUAUGGACGUACCUAAGAAGGCUACUUAUUCAUCAAAUUUAUUUCUUCAUUCUGAGGCGUAUCAAGCGCUGCCUGUUGCAAAAUGCAAGUAUCGUAUCAACCCCCCCCCCCCCGAGAUCAAUACAAUUCAAUUUACGGGAUUAUAGCUCCCCCCCCCGCCCCCUAAACGCAAGCAGACAUAUUUUUGCACUUCAUUUGGUUUGUUAUUAAGUGCAUUACUUAAUGCUAUAUCUCUUUAAAUUCUACUCCCCUGACUGAUUCCACCCCACCCACCCCUGACCGAUAAACGACGCUGCUUGGUAGCCAUCCAUGGCUUGACAUGUAAAUAGACUAAUAAUAAUACUAUAAGUAUACUUUUGGAAUGAAUAAAAAGUAAAAACUUAUUAAAUAUAUAAAAUAUAAGGCUAAACUUUUUCUGUUUUAUUAACAAUUUUUAAAAAUGCAAUCAUUAUAUUUAUUAAUUUGACUUUUAAGCAAGGUGAAAAUAUAUUAUCUGUUUUAUCACGCGCUGUUAUUAAACUCAAAGAAACUUUGAGCUUUUGCUAAAAAUAGGCGAUACUAGCUAUGACGUCAAUUUGCGUAUUUAUUUUGGAUCAAAUUAAUUUUAUUUUUUAUUUCGUAAUAGUAACAAUGCAAUAGCAACAAUGCACAAAAACGCACUAAAAUAACACAUGUUAUGUCAUUACGGUGUAAUUCUUAGAUCAUAAUUUUUUAAAUUAAAUUUUUUCCAUCCCUCUCGUAACUCGAAAAAAAUGCUUAAAAUAGUUCCUUUCUUGUUAUUUUACCGUAUUUGUAAUUUAUAAUAGUAAUACUUAAACAUUGUUAUUUAUUUUUUUACACAUUUAAAUUCAUUCAAUUUCCGCAAAAUAAUAGAAAACGACUAUCGUUUUUUUAAAAAGAAUCUGAACGUAUUCAAAUCACUUCGUCUCUUUGGCGUUAUGGUCAGCCUGGCUCAUUCUUAUAUAACUAUUAUCAGACCGACCUCUAACACUACCCUCCAGAAAAAAUCAGUUUUUCCUGAUACUAAUAUAACGGGGGAAAGAAAAUCAUGAUUACUGCGCUAAAUGAGAUGCUUUAAAAAAAUAUAUAUUUCAAGUGGGUUUGGUGCGUGAUAUUAAUCUUUUCUCUUCUAAAAUAAUUGGUGAAAAAAUCUAAAAUGUAAAGGCGGGUGGGUCGUUAUAUACAUCAGGGGCGGAAAGAAUGUGAGGUUGCAAGCCUUGUGAGAGGGGGGGGAGGGUGCACUAUUGAGUUUCUUAUAAAGUGCGAUACUUGCAAGCAUGUUUUGUCAAAAUUUCGGCGCCCCCCCCCCCCCCAACUGACCGAUAUUACAUUUAGAAAUGGAUUUGUUCGAAAAAAUUUGAUUUUAGAGUUUGUUUAAUUGACAAUUUCCUUUUCAUUUUGAAUAGUACCAUUCGAGAGAGGGAGGAAGGGAGGGAGGGAGCGAGGGAGGGAUGGAGCGAGGGAGGGAUGGAGCGAGGGAGGGAUGGAGCAGGGAGCGAGGGAGUGAGGGAGCGAGGGACGGAGCGAGGGAGGGAGUGAGCGAGGGAGGGAGGGGGAGCGAGAGAGGGAGGGAGGGUUUCCAGACGACAAUCCAUAUAUCCACCAUUGCAAAUGUUUUACGUGGAAGCUGCCGAAGGAGUGUCAGUAAAGGGAACUCGGUAUAAGCUCUAAGCAGAAGGUUUAUUGUGCAAUCAUUUAAACGAUUGAUUACGCCAGCGAGACGUGGACAGAGUACAACCAUGUUCUUGGCAACUACACCCUCUCCACCUACGCUGCUUACGAAUGCUUCUCAGCAUACGGUGGCAGGACAAAUUACCUGAUACCGAAGUCUUAAAUCAAGCUUUAUCAUCAUCCACCCGUUCUUGAAAAAAUGCAAGCCAGAAGGGAAGGAUGUGUUCCGAGAAUACCAGACAACAGACUACCUCAACAACAGACAGCUAAGACAGCAGACUUGUGCGACUUAUGAGACGGAUCAUGUAGUGCCCGAAAUGACUUCAGUUUUCGCAACAGAACUUUGGAUGUUGCCUUACUUCUCUCUUUUGUUUGACUCUAAUUUUCACAAGGAGUUCGUUUUGCGCAUCCUCUUCAUUGUGACUCACAUUUCACCGCUGUACUCCAACCAUAACGGUCAUAAGCAUUCACUAUGCAAUACGUACUUUGGAUGAUAGGUGAUAAAUAAGCAGUGCAUGCAUAUAUGCAUUUAUGCAUUGAUACUUUUAAUUCAAAUUAAAAUAAAAGUUAUUUCUCAAUUUCAGACAGCACUAGAAAGUCAGAGGCGUCCAUCAACUUCGGCGAGAAGACAACCAUUGGAUUGUGCCUCAUGAUGAUCGCUGCGACUCAACUAUGAAGGCAUCAAUGGAUUGUGUCUCAUGAAAAUAGCUUCAACUCAACUGUAAUGGCAAGAUCAGCUUCUUAAUGACUGAAAGACUAUUAUUUCUUUUGGAAGCUUCUAAAUUCUACGUGAUUUAACAUCGCAGUUUCAUUCAAAAAGAAUCCAGAAUAUAUGGGCCAAUAACUCUACGUGCAUCACAACCUUGAUUGAAAACAACAACAGCAACAACAACAGCAACAAUAAAUAAAGAAUGUCUCUAAAGCAUACAUACAGAUUUUUUUAAAAUUUUAGGCAAGUGAGAUUCAGUUUCUUGUAUGUUAUAUAACCUAAUUGUUCUGUA